GCGGCGGCGCGAGCGAUGGCUGCGAACCGGGUGGGGCGGCGCCUGGGACGGGCUUCGCCGGCGCGCCCGGCCGGGCUGUCUCCGGGGGGCGGGCGCGCGGCCGAGAGGACGCCCAGCCCGGGCAUCCAGCGGCGCCAGGCGAGGGUCACCGUCAAGUACGACCGGCGGGAGCUGCAGCGGCGCCUCGACACCGAGAAGUGGAUCGACGGCCGCCUGGAGGAGCUCUACCGGGGACAGGAAGCAGAGAUGCCGGACGAGGUGAACAUCGACAAUCUGCUGGAGAUGGCCGCAGACGAGGAGCGGGCCAAGAAGCUGCAGAGCAUCUUGGAGUCCUGCCACAAGGACACAGAGGACUUCAUCCAGGAGCUGCUGGGGAAGCUGAGGGGCCUCCGGACAGAGCACGUCCUCCGCCGGACCAGCCCUGACAGCGCAGGCGGUGGCGGUGGCAGCCGGGAGAGCGCGGAUCAGGGCCCUGGGAGCCCGGAGGAGCGAGUGUGAGAGCCGCCUGGUCUUGCGGAAGGCUUUGCCGAAAGCCUCAGGGGUGGACUCCUGGGGGAGGACGGGGGGGGGGCAAUAUAGAGGUCAGGCUGCCAGUGGCGGCAGCAGCAGCAGCGUCAGGGUCCCAAUGGUGUCUGGAUGAGGCGCAUCUCCCCCCCAGUUGCAUCUGGCUGCAGGGACGUCCCCCAGCCCCCCAGCUGCUGCACCCCUGCGCCCCCCAGCAGCAUCUCUGAACCCCCUCCCCAUUGUACAGUGAACAGUCUUGUCUGCUUUCCCUGUAUCCUGUAAUAAAGCACUCUUGUCUCAAACGG